AUCUAUGUUCUACGGAUUUAUGUAUAUUUGUCUAUGAUGUAUAUUUAAAAACGAAUGUUUGAUGAUAUGAAUAUCUGAUAACUCAAUAAUAAUAUUAAAAUCUAAAUUAUAAUAAACAGCAACUUCUGGACCAGUUUCAUUUUCAAAUAAGGAGACAUUUGAAUCAUUAUUUGAAUAUUAAAAAUGGCGAACAGGCUUAAGCCCUGCAUGAAACGUUUAAUAAAACCCCAAUUAAUUUAAAGAAGCAUAAUUUAACGAUGGUUUAACGUUUUCCUCGUCAUGCCUACGUCGUUGACAAAAAGUAAUCUAAUCAGACUAACCUAACUCCCACUUAAAUACUGUAAUACCGUUGAAAACGUCAAAAUUUGGUGUCAUGUGUAAGUAUCAGAAUCUUUUCGUAACAUGUGUAGUGAAAAUAAAUUAAUAAAAUAUUGUGAAUCAUCUAAAAAUUUUAAAAUCUCCUACAAUGGACAACACUUUAGCGAAAACUGCUUUACAACAGCAUAUCCAGAAGCAAAAUCCUUGUAUUAUGGAGCCUCUCGAUUCUUUAAUCAUGGACAAUGCAUCUGGUGAUUCACUACUGCUAAAGAAAACAAUUGCUUCCAUGAAAACAGAAAAUGAAAAUAGACUUGAAUCAUUAAAUAUCAGCAUUGAAGAUGAACUUAAUGAUUCCUUAAGUUUUAAACUUUUGGAUGAAAAUGAACAAUUAAAGGUGGCAAAUUCGGAGCAAUUUAUUAAAAAACUAAGGAUACCAGCAACUUUCAAAAAAGUUAAAGUAGUAAGCAUUUUUGGGAACACAGGAGAAGGGAAAUCCCACACUCUAAACGAAACAUUUUUUAAUUCAGAAAGGAUAUUUAGAGUAUCUCCAGAACAAUCAUCAUGCACUUUAGGGGUUUGGGCUGCUUUUGAUCCAGAAUUAUCAAUAAUAUGCUUAGAUACAGAAGGUUUAUUAGGGGUAUCAAAAAAAGAAGACCAACGCACAAGAUUGUUACUUAAAGUGUUAGCUGUUUCUGAUGUCGUUAUUUAUAGAACAAGAGCUGAGCGUCUCCAAAGAGAUAUGUACACCUUUUUGGGAGGAGCUUCUAAAGCUUUUAAAGACCACUUUCAAAAAGCCCUACAGAGUGUGUGGAAAAAGGCUGAUGUAGAAUCUCCUCCUCAUUCUUUAGGACCUAGUGUUAUAAUAUUUCAUGAAACAAGACACACAAAUACUUUACAGUGCAUUCCAAGUGUUUCGGAAUCACCAGAAGAUAUAUUACGUUCCAGAUUUGCAGAUUUAAAUUUACCAAUUGAUGCAUUUAGUUCUUUAAAAUAUAUAGGGGUGCAGACCAAGGAAGGGCCGACAUCUUUUAAAGAGAUUAAGAAUGCGGUGCAAAUGGAAUUAGAAAAUACUACAGUUCGAUCAGCAAGACCUCCAAAAAUAAUUUACCACACAUUAAAGGGUCUAAAUCAAAAAUUUAGGAGUCAACUUCCUAAUAACACACCUCAGCUGCAUUUAGAUCAAUACUUUACUUGCCCUGAAAUAUGCCAAUCAUGUAGCACCAGAUGUACUUUGUCAAUGGGUCAUAAGGAAGAGAGGGAAGGACAUUACAGUCCCAGUGGUUGUAGAUUUCAGCAUCAGUUUCAAAAUUGUGUCUAUCUUUGUAAGAGAUGCUAUCAAAAUGGAAUGAGGGUGACAGUUAAACCCAGUUAUCAAUCGAUAACGGAAAAUUCUUGGACCAGUUUUUUAACAUAUGUUUGGUCUGGUUACAUAAUUGAAUGCAGAAAUUGCGGCGAGAUCUAUCGAAGUCGUCAACAUUGGUUUGGUAAUAAAGAUCCGCAAGAAGGUGCCGUAAUCGCGGAAAUUAUCCAUAUGUGGCCUGGAGAAAGAAACUUCAUACUGUCCCCGAACUCUGCCCAAAGAAUAUUGGACGGAAUAAGUGUUCUUUCUGAGGUUGUUAAAAGUGUAGGAUCUCAACCAACUAAAGCAGUUAGUUCAUGGAUGGCCAACCAAGUUGCACCUAGUUAUUGGAGGCCCAAUGAAGAAAUAACCCACUGCCACAAGUGUAAGACCCCGUUUCAACAAAAUGCAGCUAAGCACCACUGUAGGUCUUGUGGGGAAGGAUUUUGUGAAGGGUGCUCUUCAAAAUUGCAGCCUGUACCUUCGCGGGGCUGGUACACUGAUGUGAGGGUUUGUGACGACUGUUAUCAGGAAACUCCCCCCAGUCUAUCUCAUUGUGUUGACGAAUCGGAAAUUCGAGCCCGAAAAUACGGCGAAGCGGUUGUUAAUUCGAUAACAGCAGUGGCGUCAGUUUUGGAUAUUCCAAAAGGUAUAAUCAAGGAUACAGCGAGACCAUCUUAUUGGAUGCCUGAUAAUGAAUGCGACAAAUGUUGUUGUUGCGAAAAUCCUUUUGGGCCAAUUUUUCCUUUACAUCAUUGCAGGGAAUGUGGAAAGGGAGUGUGUGACGAUUGUUCCAAUACCAGGAAACCUGUACCAUACAGAGGUUGGAAUACUCCCGUCAGGGUUUGCGACAAUUGUAUCAAGCAGAAGUAAAUCCUGACUGGACACUGAAAAAAAAAUUAAAGGCACAACUAUAGCAGGGUCUCAUGAUAACAAACGAAUGAGUUGUAUAAAUAAUAGUUUUUUAAUGCUCGGGAGUGAACCUAUUGACGACCAACAUUGACUUUUCUUAUUAAUUAAUAAACGUAAUAGUAAAUCGGUUAACCGCUUUAUCAUAUUUUGGUUAACUUUUUCUUCUAUAUUUUGUUACGCCAACUUUCAGUUUUAUUCUUUAAUACAAAACUUUAUCUGCA